GAUCUGCAAAAGUGGACGAAGAAAUAGUGCGUGUUGUUGUUUAUCUCUUCCGUGAUAUACGUAGUGAUUUGUGAUGCUAGCCGAGAGCCGAACAAUCGCGGUGAUAGUGUUCCUACUCGUCUCCCUGCAAGAAGUGAUAACCAGUGAUAAUGCGUUCAUAGAUGACCCCCCUGAUGGAUAUUAUAGGCGAACUUCGUUAGAUGACUGUCCCAACCGGUUCUACAGCGAGGAUGUAAGCAGUGCCCUCGGAUUCUUUAUUCUGGGUGGACUUCGUGCAUUUCGUAGCGAAUAUCCUCAUAUGGCUGCCAUUGGCUGGACCAACAGAUACACUCGUCGUGUGGAGUACAACUGUGGUGGAUCGUUGAUUUCCUCACGAUUUGUAAUAACAGCCGGACACUGCGGACGUAGUGAUGAAGGAGUUCCUCCAGACGUGGUUCGACUUGGCGAUACCAACCUCGCGACGAGAGAAGAUGAUUCAUACGCUCAAUCUAUAAAGAUCAAACAAUUUCUACCUCAUCCUCACUAUAAAACGACUGAAAAGUAUCACGAUAUCGCUCUGAUCGAACUGGAACAGGACGCGAGAUUAGAUUUCUCCGUGUGUCCGAUAUGUUUGUGGCCUCACGACGAUUUAUACAGGUUCAACGAUGGGCUACAAGUGGCUGGCUUUGGAGUUACCGAUUUUGGUUCCGAUCGCAGCCCAACUCUGCAAAAGACCACCUUGAACUAUUUGGACCACAAAACAUGCAAUAGUAUGCUACCGCGACCACGAUCGCUUUACAAUGGACUCACCGCAGAUCAAUUCUGCACCAAGACACCUCAGCGGGACACCUGUCAAGGCGAUUCGGGUGGACCGAUUCAAGUCGAACUGUCGGAUGUGAACAGGAUGAUACCUUAUUUGGUGGGUGUGACAUCGUUCGGAACUGGCUGCUGGGACGGGUCGUUUGGAGUAUACACUAAAAUUUCAAGUUACCUCGAAUGGAUCACUUCGAUAGUGAAUGUGACCACGGAUCCACUAGCGUGCGCCCGCCAAUCCGAGUGUCUUUCGGCGAGAAAGUUUUCAGACAGCCGCAUAACACCUCAAAACAAUUCACCUUUCUUUCGGGUUGAAAUUCGCCGGGCAGGUGAAAGCUUCAAUCAGUGUAGUGGUGCACUGAUCGAUUAUCGUCACGUGGUUACUUCCGCUGCUUGUACCGAUUGGAACGGUCGAGAACCCACCGAAAUUUUAGCCAGUGAUCAAUCGGUUAAAAUUGUUGAAAUCAUACGUCACCCGAUGUACAUACCAGGCGAACAUUACCACGAUAUCGCGCUGUUGACUCUUGUGAAGUUCUACAAUCCGCACAAAAUCUACCAAUUCACUGCGCCUGCCUGCAUCUGGCGGAACGAGCGAAUCCCCGAGCCGAUUGUGUUUUAUUCCGGAUAUGGACCCGAUUUUACCGGGCCAAUGAGCAGCGCCGUGUCCGAAGUGCCAUUAAAAAUAUUAACCGCUUUAUACACGGAAAAUGGGAUCUGUGAUAAAAAUUAUAACAACAAAUUCGUGAAUGAGCUUCCGCAAGGAUUCAACCGUAAUUUUAUCUGCGCGGAAAAUCCCGUUGAAUUGGUGCCUGAAAUAUGCAAGCUGGAACCUGGUGGUCCCAUUUCCAAUUUCCGCCGGGAUAAUAUUGUGCCAUACAUUUACGGGAUAAACACACUCGGUACCAAGUGUGGCGGAACGGGUAAUCCUUUCGUUGCCACACGAAUCUCUCCUUACUACAGCUGGAUCGAAUCGUUGAUUGUGAAUGGGUCCAAAUUUGACACCGAUAAACAGAGAGUGCAGGAGCCUGUCGGUAAUGAGAUAACAAUCACCCAGCACGACUCGAGUGUAGGUAAUCGCGGAGACUUUCCCCAUGAGCAGGAUCUCGUCUCCUAUGUCUUGCCUGGCCUGAUUGCGGAGGCCGAUCGUAAGUUGACGCAACAACAUGGAGAUUCACUGCUGGCCGGAGCAUUCAAGCCACUAGCGACUGCCUCUGUCUUUCAUCGCCUGCACUCACGCAAGCCGCUUAAAGUGACAAUCUACGGUACCCAGCUGGAUCAAAUUCCGGAAGACUCGAAGGAACUGCUGGAUACGAUCAACACGAUUCCUCUUCACUCCUUCAAGACUCUCCCAGUUGCACCAGUCAAGCCGAACAACGUCGAAAUCGUAAAAGCUGUGGAGCUAGGUUCAUUCAUGCAGAUUUCAUCUUCAUCUUCGGCUCAAACAUUGAUUCAACUUUUGACCAAGCCGCUCACCAGCACAAAGUCUUUCAUAACACCGUUUUCGGCAAACAUUGACGAUAAUCAGAUGUCUACGCCCAAUCAUGCACCAUUGGAACCGAUCCUGUCAACGAUUCAACCACAAACGCAAGCUACACAUCCAUAUCCUAGCCUGGCAGAAUUCACCAUUGAAAAAUCAAUCGAACACCAAGAAGACGAUGACCGUUGCACUACGAUCACAGGACAGAUGGGAAAAUGCAUACACCAAGGUUUCUGCCAGCGUCCAUCUCUAGUGCAUAGCAGAUUGUCGUAUUGCAAUCUGCAACUGCUUACAGUUUGCUGUCCAGAAAAUAACACGCUUUGAGAUUAUUUAAAUACCUUUGCAUACAUUAUGUCUGAAUGAUAAGAGUUAGCAAUACAAAAAAACUACUAAUAAUA